CCACCCGGGGAGUCACCGCUCCCCGAGCCAAGUUUCCGCCCGACGCCCAGAAACUGUGCAAUCAGAUCUGGCCGCACCAAGGAACUUUGUUCCGGCCGCUCAGAAUCACCAGCGGUGCCCAGCCUCUGGGAUUUAGUGGGCGAGUGACUAUUCCAGAGAGCGGGCAGUGACCAUGGACGGCUGCAGGCCUCUGGCUUCCUCACGGAGGGCGUGGGGCUGGGCUCGGUGCUUCUCAGCCGCCGCUGUCACUUGUGGGCUCUGGGCGAAGCUCUGUGCGGGUCCUUUCCCAGAAAUGUCUCACUUGACCUCCAGAGUCUCUGCAAGCUGCCAGCGGGUGGGCGCCCUCCCGGCCGGGCGGCGGGGCUCAGGGCCCAGCCAUGUCCGCCAUCCUGCAGGAGCUGCUGCGCGUCUCCGAGAAGGCGGCCCACAUCGCCCGCGCCUGCCGCCAGCAGGACGCCCUCUUCCAGCUGCUCAUCGAGGAGAAGAAGGGCGGCGAGAAGAACAAGAAGUUCGCCGUGGACUUCAAGACGCUGGCCGACGUGCUGGUGCAGGAAGUCAUAAAGCGGCACAUGGAGAGCAAGUUUCCAGGCUUGGAGGACAAAAUUUUUGGAGAAGAAUCGAACGAGUUCACUAAUGCUCUGGGGGAAAUGAUUGUCUUGCGACUGUGCCCGACAGAGGGGGAGACGGCAGAGCUUCUGAGCAAAGUCCUGAACGGGAACCAGCUGGCGGCCGGGGCACUGGCCAAGGUCAUUCACGAGGACGUUGCCUUCGCCGACCCGGCCCUGGAUUCGGUCCAGGUCACCAUUCCUCACGACACUUUGGGAAUCUGGGUGGAUCCCAUAGAUUCCACGCAUCAGUACAUCCAAGGCUCUGCCGACGUGGAGCCCAGCCAUGGAAUCUUCCCCCGGGGGCUCCCGUGCGUCACCAUCCUCAUCGGCGUCUAUGACCUGCGGACGGGGCUGCCCCUGAUGGGGGUCAUCAACCAGCCUUUCGUGUCGCAGGACCCCGACACCCUCAGGUGGGAAGGACGGCGCUACUGGGGCCUCUCCUACAUGGGCACCAACAUCCACUCCCUGCCGCCCCCGGUCUCCGAGCCGCAGGGCGCGCGGACUGGCCACCCCGGCGCCGAGGCCGCGGACACGGGCGCCCAGGCCCAGGGCGCCCACCGGUUCUCCGCCGUCAUCAGCGCCAGCGAACAGGAGCCGGUCCGGGCGGCGCUGGCGCGCGUCUGCGGGGGCCGCGUGUUCCGCGCCGCGGGGGCCGGGUACAAGGGCCUGUGCGUGGUCCAGGGCCUCGUGGACCUGUACGUCUUCUCCUACGACACCACCUUCAAGUGGGACUCGUGCGCGCCCCACGCCAUCCUGCGGGCCAUGGGCGGCGGCAUGGUGGACUUCCAGGGCUGCCUGGCCAGGGGCCCCGCCGCGGGCCGGGAGUGGCCGCAGCUGCUGUACCACGUGGGCCACGAAGGCGCCAGUGGCGUGGAUCGCUGGGCCAACAGGGGGGGGCUCAUCGCGUACAGGUCGCGCCAGCAGCUGGAGACGUUCCUGAGCCUCCUCGCCCCGCACCUGGCGCCUGCGGACGCGCGCGCAUAGACAGCCUUCUCCCGCCCAUGGAACCAAACUGUGACCCUGGGCCCCGCGCCUGUCGCGGAAGAUAGCUUUGUCCUGUGGGUGGUCAGCGUUCAUCUCCCUCUCCGGAGGAGUAUUUUCCGUUCUGCGUUCAUAUGAUGUUAAUUUCUGUAAAUAAACGUGGACAUGUGGACGCCUGCA